ACCAGGAAAUGUUUUUCACUGCUGCUUCACAUCUGGCUGCUGCUUCUCAACGCACAGCAGCAGGACGGACUUGAUAACAGACGUUACAGGCCGCUGAGCAACUUCAACAUUACGCCGUUCACACAAUCUCCUCAGUACUAUCAAGUAAACAUAGAGGGCGUGGCCGACACCGGAAAACCUUUCGUCAUUUUGCCACUGGGAACCAUUACGACCAGACGGUUUCUGUCACUGGCGUCUUUUAUUUGGCGAAAUGUCCAGGUCAGACUUCCCUCCAGGGUAUGAUGAAUCCCGGGGCCCACUGUAUCCACCUCAGGGUGGGAAUUACCCUCCCCCCCCUGCAUACGGCUUCCCUGCCUUUGGUGGUCCCCAGCCAGGCCAGCCCUCUGCUCCCUACCCCACUGGUCCAAACGCGUCUCUGUUUCCAGGCCAGCCAGGUGGCUAUCCUCCUGGCCCGUACCAAGGACAGCCUCACUCUGGCGGGCCUCCAGGUGCUGGCUACCCUAACCGCCCUCCCAUGCCCCCUGUCAUGCCCCCUAUCAUGCCAUCAGAUAUCCUGAGCUCUGGUGAUGAUUUUGCGGCGAGCGGCAGCGGUUGGGACAGUCUAAGCAUUCGGCAUGCCUUCAUCAGAAAGGUGUACUUGAUUUUGGCGUCUCAGCUCCUCGUCACCACCGCCAUUGUGGCCGUGUUCACAUUUGUCCAACCUGUCAGAAAUUUCGUACAGCAAAACCAACCUAUCUAUUGGGCAUCAUAUGCUGUGUACUUCAUCACCCACCUUGUGCUGGUCUGCUGUAAGGGCCCCCGGAGGAAGUUUCCAUGGAACGUCCUUCUGCUGUCCAUCUUUACCCUGUCUUUGUCCUACAUGACUGGAUCCAUUUCCAGUUACUAUGAUACAAAAGCAGUGUUUCUCGCUCUGGGGAUCACCGCCGUCGUCUGCAUCGCCGUCACCGUGUUCUGCUUCCAGACAAAGGUUGACUUCACCAAGUGCCAGGGCCUUUUCUGUGUCCUUGGGAUUGUAGUAUUUGUGACUGGCAUCAUUACAACGAUUGUGCUGUCAUUCAAAUAUAUCCUGUGGCUUCACAUGCUUUAUGCAGCUAUAGGAGCCAUUGCUUUCACCAUGUUCCUGGCGUACCACACGCAGUUGCUGAUAGGGAACAGGAAGCACUCCAUCAGUCCAGAAGAGUAUGUGUUCGCAGCGCUCUCCCUCUACGUGGACAUCGUCCAGAUCUUCCUUUUCCUGCUGCAAAUUAUCGGUGCUACGACCAAAUAAGAGGACCCAAGGGUACAGCACCACUUGGGGUCAACAGGGUGCUGACAAGCACCUGCAAAAUCAUUCCAUGCUUUUUUUUAAACCUUUUGCUUUUGUUUUCAGUCAAAUCAGAAAACAUUUAUAAAACCAUGACACACUCCGGUGAAAUGUUUAAGGGCUGAAUUUGAUAAUUUGUCAUAGGUUAAUUCUAUGCACAAAACAAAUGCACCUUUACUGCAAUGAAUAUUUGUCUACAGUAUAUCUGCAUUAAGCAACUUUUCAGUGGUUUGAAAAUAAUAUUAAUGCUACAGUAUAAAUACAGCAAAUACCUAUAGACACUAAAGUACCAGAUGCAACAUUUAUUCACUCUUGCUGGACUUAAGUCAAGGCAAACUGUGUAUCAACGUUUCUCUCUGCAUGUAGAUGUAUAUACUCUGUACACAUGUAUAUACUGUUACACAUGAAUUGGGCCCUGACUGUAUAAAUGUUGAGAAGAAAAUCAAAUUCAAAGUUGCCAACACAGAGAGCCACCUCACCACAAAUUUGGUUUGUCUGAAGGUAGAAAAUCUGCCUACCAUCACCUCUAAAGCUCUCUGUCACAUGUGCAAGGAUCCUAUUGUUUUUGUAGAGAUAAUUGUUAUUUUUCUGCUGUUCAAUCAUAUUUUUUAUGAACCUGGAUGCACAAAAACACGAAAAUUGUCACUUACUUCAGAAAUGGCAAAAUUUGCAAAGUCCUGCAGUGAUUGGGCUCGGGCGUUGCCAGGGUUGGGAUAAAGUUCAUGGUCGAUACCUCAAACAAUGACGUGUGGCGAGACAGUCAAUACAGAAACAUGAUGUACAAUUAUUACAAAUUCUCAAGCGCCACAUAAAGGACAACGUAGGGGGUUAAAAAUUUGCAAUACAUAAUUUCAGGCACCACACAGGAAACACCGUCUAACUCAUUCAUGCAGUGUUUGAUGCACAGUCCCGGCAACCGGCGGUCUGCCAGUACACCUGAAGUUUAGCAGUGGUGAAAGCCUGCUCAUCACUGCUCAGGUUCUUUACAUUUAGUGUUUAUAAAGUGUCGAUUGAUGAGCUUUACAGGUGCUGAUAGGCAGGUUUUGUUACCUUUGGACAGGAACAGAAUAGUUCCCCCUGUUUCUAGUCGGUUGCCAGCUUGCUGUAGCUUCAUAUUAAUCGCACAGAUAUGAGAGUGGUAUAGAUCACCUCAUCUUACCCUCAGCGUACAAGUGAAUUAGAAUAUUUCUCAAAAUAUUGAGAUGUUAGAAGGUAUAACAGGCUUUAAUGGUAAAAAGCAGCUGAUGUGCAUGCCUGCAAUCUCUUGUGUGCCUAAAACAUGAUGUUACAUGAUAUAACAUUUGGUAUUGAUCAUCGCGACACCAGAAUGGAUACUCAAAUCUACACUUAGUAUUGUCAGUAUUGAUACAUUGGUGAUUGAUUUGGCCACAGCUGAAAUAGAGCUCAGUACACCUACUGACAGCCUCCAUUCUGCUGUCAGGGCUUCAUAUUAACAGGCCUUUGCUGGUGGUUUAACACAUGUUGCUAUCUUGUAGCUAUAUAAUCUGCAUCACAACAGUGCCUUCACAAUGACAAUGUUUCUGAGAAUAGGUUUUUCACUUUAAGGACUGCAGGGUUAUUAGCCCACAGGCUUUUAUAGCAUUGUUACAUAUUGUGUCUGUUUCUAUAUUUCAUGUUACAGUCAAAUCUGGGUCAGAUACUGAGUGCCAUGCAGAGCGGGGUUUUCCAUACAGGAUCAUUCAAACAAUGCCAUGGUGUUAAAUUAUUGGAACAUUCCUGAAAGUCAGCUAACGUGGCAUUGACCAAAAGCUCCGAAAUGAUCAACCCAACCCAGCUGGUCCUCUGCACAUAUUUAUAUUCAUCACAAGUAGAGACCCAUGUUACAUACAACCCUUGUCUCUAAACAACUAAGGCAGACAUUUUGAAUGCGCAGCACAGAUGGUGGGCUAUGUGUUUGUAAAUAUACAUAUCAAUAAUUAAUUGGGUUUUUUUGGCCUUUUCAUAUCAAAUAAAAGUUUUUAUUUGUGA